UCCUCUCUGUCUCUGUUUCUGUCUCCUCUCUGUCUCUGUUUCCUCACUGUCUCUGUCUCCUCUCUGUCUCUGUUUCUGUCUCCUCUCUGUCUCUGACUCCUCUCUGUGGUUCUCAGGAAGGUGCGUAUGAACAUCCACACCAACAACCAGGUGACCCGGAUAUACAACGUCAUCGGGAGGUUACGAGGGGCCGUGGAGCCAGACCGCUAUGUGAUCCUUGGGGGCCACCGGGAUGCCUGGGUGUUCGGGGGGAUCGACCCGGUAACGGGAGCUGCCGUGGUGCACGAGAGUGUAAGGAGCGCCGGGAAACUGCUCAGAAAAGGCUGGAGGCCCAGGAGGUCCAUAGUAUUUGCCAGUUGGGAUGCAGAAGAGUUUGGACUGCUGGGAUCAACAGAGUGGGCUGAG